AUGACUGCGAAAGCAGAGCUAUCAAGCUGGACUGAGUACCCAGAGGAUUUCACCCUGCAGCGCAACCUGACCCAGAUCAACUCCAAGACAUGGAUUUCUUCUAAAUCUCUCCAUGCGUUCUCCAGGAGGGACGCGCACGGAGCUGUAGACGCAAGCCUCUCACUGGACAAACUUGCGCCAAUGAGUAAACUUCCUGACUGCGUGUCCGCUACAUGCAUCACAGAGGCAGAUUCUGACAAGGCAGCAGAGGGAGGCAAGGUGAGCCACUUUGGACCCCAGAAACACAGGCGCGUCGCAGCCAACGCCAGGGAGAGGAGGAGGAUGCACGGCCUGAACAAAGCGUUUGACGAGCUGAGGAGCGUCAUCCCCAACAUGGAAAACGAGAGAAAGUUGUCCAAGUAUGACACCCUUCAAAUGGCGCAGAUUUACAUCACAGAGCUGUCGGAGCUCCUGACCGGUGUGGUGCACCCGGAGUGCAGGAGUCCCCGUCCAGGCUCAGCGGAGAAGACCGCCAGAAGGAAUCUGAUUCACUCUCUCCCGAACCCGCUGGCCGGAGAACAGCGGGAGCCGUGUGCCCCCGUUGGCCACCUUAUAAUACUUGGCUCUACAUCUGACUUGGGGUCAAAUAACUCAACGACUUCUGACGGGGAAUCUUCGCACCUCAGUGACAUGGAGGAAAGUCAGAAUGGAAGACGCUAA